CUGGGCGGCGCCGCACGAGCGGAUGUGCUGGGAUGGGAGGGACAAAAAUAGCGAGGUCGAGACAACGAAGUGGAGACGCGCCUGUCAGAAAGGAGAAAAAAGUAUCAGGAGUUUCCACCAUGGCAGACAGCUACUAUGGCCAGCUGUUAAAAGACUCAGAGUUCCUUGUGACUAAUCAGCGACUGGACACCGAAUUGCUGGAUAAGCUUGUUUUGCAGCUCAACCGAAUUUAUCCUCAGAUACUGAAUGACAAAGAGGCACACAAAUUCCGGAACCUCAGUGUGCCUACAAGCGUCCGAUUGGCUGAGCUCCUGGCUCACCUGAAGGUGAAAGGGGAGGAGGCGUGCCAUGAGUUCUACAGAGCGCUGCACAUCCACGCUGAGGAGGUGUACUUCAGCCUGCCCACCCGCGUCAGCCGCAGGGAAACUACAGAUCAUAGAGGGAUGAACACUACUGUCAACCUCACGGAGAGAUUUGUUCUUAAUGACAGGGGUCCCUGGUUCUUCAUAGGCUGUUUGAGUGUGGCAGCAGGGCUGGCACUUCUUUAUUACUGUGGUGACAGCAAGGUGCUUGAGGAUCCCAGGAGAGUGCUGGGGGUCACCGCUCUGGGGCUGGGCAGGCAGGCCAAGGAAGUGCUCAUAUCGUAUACAGAUGACACAAACAGGAAGUUGUAGGCCCGCAUGGCAACCAUAGGAAGCGUGCCAUUGUCAGGGAUAUAUUUUGAUAAAUACAUUGUGCCAUAUCAAACAACAGGCAGCAAGGGCACCUGAGGUUCUUUUGUAAUGCAUGUGCUUAUAUUGGAUAUAAUAUCCACUGAAAUUCCUGUAGUUACCAAAAAAGCUAUGUAGUUGUAAGAUGUGUAUUUUAAAUAUUUUAUAUUUCAUAUUAUUUUAUCAAUAUUAAAUAUGGUUUUAUAUUUGAAUAUUUAAAUAGUUCUCCUAGGUCUUUGGUAAGCAUGGUGCUACUGUACUCUUCAUAAGAGUGAAAAAUGUGCCUAUUCAGAAAUGUGCCUAUUAUAUACUAUAUUUCUAAUUCUCUGUACAUCAGGACUACACUAAAAAAGUAUUGUGUAGAGAAAAUGGGAAACAAACUGCUAUUUUUAUCUGCAAUGUUGUGAGAUGCUAAGCUAUUGAACACAUCUCCCAGCCUUGGGGAAAAAAAGAAAAAAACAUUUGCCUUUCCUUAUUAUUUAGAACAAACCUUUUCCCUGAGUGAUUACUUAUUCAUGUAGAAGAACGUUCCUAUAUUUGUGCUAUGAGUAUAUGAGCUAAUUUUGAGCUUGCGUAGACUGAUUGGUAGAUGAAUUGACAGGUAAUCUGUGCAGUUUCACUGAUUCUGAUCUCUUGUACAGUCACCAUUACCAUUCAGUGCCUCUGCAUCCUGAGACUCAAUGCACUUGGGCUGGCUGCUCAUCUUGGGUUUACUGCCCUUCUGUUUUGGUCGGUUAGUUGUAGCUUGUCUUUUGAAAACUGCUUACUUAAUAUAUAAAAACGAGUGUCCUUGUUAAAGUCUGAAACAAUUAUCGCUAUCAAUCUGAAAUGUGGCGGCACGGAUGGUGCAGUGGGUAGCACUGCCGCCUCACAGCAAGGAGGUCCUGGGUUCGAAUCCCCGUCAGCCGGGGCCUAUGGAGUUUGCAUGUUCUCCCCGUGUCUGCGUGGGUUUCCUCCAGGUACUCUGGUUUCCUCCCACAGUCCAAAGACAUGCAGGUUAGGCUGAUUGGCUAUGGGUAUGAGUGUGUGAGUGAAUGGUGUGUGUGCCCUGCGAUGGACUGGCGACCUGUCCAGGGUGUAUUCCUCCCUUUCGCCCAAUGUAUGCUGGGAUAGGCUCCAGCCCCCCUGCGACCCUGUUCAGGAUAAUGAAUUAAUGAAUCUGAAAUGUAUUGUUCCCCUGAUUGAAUGCAAAUACCCAAACGAGUAUGUUAAUGUAGAGCAGAGAGGGCUUUUUACUUCCCAACUUAUACUUAAAGCCAUGGAGAUGACAACACAUCAUAAAACUGCUGUGGGAUAAUUGAAUUAUGUCCAUUCAUGUAAAAUGACGUUGGGAUUCUUAAUGAGUAGCGCUCACCUUUCAUCAAUUGUAUUGCCAUUUUGCCUUCUCUGCCCCAUUGGAGAAAAAUGGAAGCUCAAUUAAAAAAAUAAAAAAAUAAAUAAAGGUCUUGCCUGUCUAUAUUACUCAGAUUUAGAAAAACAUGACACAUGUUUUAAAUCUAAGGUUUAAAUUCUUAUAAUCUGCUGUGGCAUUAAAGCUUAUGAGAGAGUAUCUUUGCAGAAUGAAAUUUUGAAAACUUAAUUUUUUUUAACUUAUCAGGUCUAAAUGGAAAUUGUGGAAGAGUAGCCCAUUGAUUGUAUCAAUGAUUAACAAUAAAAACAUAAAAUGUUGGCAUGGUUAGUCUUAACUGUGUACCUCUUAUGAGACUGCCAGGAGAAGGCACUGAUACAGGGUUACUGAAUGAGGGCCCAUUGCAUUUGUAACUGACUGAAGUGAGACAUUUUAUUCAUAAUAUGAAACAAUGUCUUUAAACAAAAGACCUAAUCACUAUGGUGAUUGCAUAUAGCUCUGACUAAGAUAUAUUUGAGUCAAAAGCAAGCAUGCACACCAGAAAAAGACUUUAUUUUAAAAUGAUACUUUUUUUCUUUUAAAAACUACAUUAAACUAUGAAACUAAAAAUAUUUUCUAAGGAAUGAUUUGGUCAUUUGCUUUAAAAAAAAAAAAAAAAAAAUACAGUAUUUCUACAAUUUUAUCUGAUAAAUUCAAUAAAACACAAUGGAAACAUACUGGCAUAUUAGUCGCUACUACCCGUGAAAAGAUUUCAUGAAAAUUGACUUAUGCCUCUAUUUAAAAGACAUUCAAGCAGUGCUUGUGUUGGAACAUCUACACAUUAAACUGCUAGAAGAAAAGAGAAAAGAAUGAAGCAUCAUUGAUAAAAACAGUCCAUGUUUUCCUUUCAAAAGAUUGACUAUAUAUAUAUGAUGAUAUAUAUACAAGAUUGAUUCUUCAAUCACCACAAAGCGAUGUGGCCCUCAUAGCAAGGCACGCAGUUAAAUCCAUUAGGCAAAAGUGCUUUGGAAAUUUCAUACACAUUUCCAUGCUAUGUGGGAAGCCACACUUGAAACCUUUUGUUACUUUAAUGUAAUGGUGUGUAUGUUUUGUUAUUUUAUCA